CUUAAAGGUACACUCCGUGAUGUGACAGCAUCAUGCAAAGUGGUGCGACAAACAAGUCAAAACAACAAAACAACAGAUUACAAAUCACCCAAAUGAUGUGGCAGUCUUGGAAGAUUAGAAUUUUGUUUUUGUUUUCUGUAAGCCUGCUGUGAGAUGAUAUGUAUCGCUGAGUCUACCUCUCUAAACCUGUCCUCUACUGCCCUCUGACAGUCAGGAAGUGGAAAUGCUGCAGAAACUGAAAGACUAUGUGCCUGGAAACCCUCAAGUGAAGACUAUCAGAAUCCUCCUCCAUGGACCAGCUGGAGCGGGAAAAUCCAGCUUCAUCAACUCCAUCAAUUGUGUGUUUCAGGGUCACAUUACGAGUAUCACCUUGGCCAACUUCGCUGCUGCAGGUGAAAGCAUUACCAGAAAAGUAAAAAUGCCACAUCCUAUUUUACAGUACCAAACCCACAAAAUUGAAACAGGGAAACAUGGAAUCUACUACCCCAUCGUCUUCAAUGAUGUCAUGGGUCUGGAGGAAAGCAGUGGCAAAGGUGUGCAUAAGGAUGACAUCAUCAACGCCCUAAAGGGCCAUGUAAAAGAGGGCCACAAGUUUAGUCCCAUAUCACCAUUAUCAGAAGAGGAUCCUGGCUACAUAAAUACCCACAGUUCUGAGGACAGAGUUCACUGUCUGGUCAGUGUCAUAUCAGCUGAUAAAAUGGCUGUCUUGAUUGGUGUCAUCCAGAAGAUGAGGAACAUCAGAGUAGGAGCCGCUGAUAUGGGAGCGUCAUCGCACUGCCCGGAGAGAAAAAGGACUGCUGGAUUAAAUCAGUUUGCUCUGGCAGGGAUUCCCCAAACGGUUAUUCUCACCAGAGUGAAUGACGCCUGUCCAUUGGUGAAGAAAGACCUGAAAAACAUCUAUCUGAGCAAGUACUCCCCUUACUAA